AUGUAUGAUAUCUCCCGUGUUAAAUCCAAAGCUCCUUGUGUUUUUCUGGGUGAUUUUAAUGCUAUUAGAUACCAGCAGGAAAAAAUUGGGGGGACUUCUAACUGGACAAAUGAAAAUGAGGAAUUUAAUUCUUAUGUGAAUGCCUCUGAGUUGGCUGACUUAUCUUAUGGUGGUUGCCAAUUCACAUGGGCUAACAAAAGGAGUGAAGGGGCUUAUAUUGCUACUAAAAUUGAUAGAGUCCUGGUUAAUGAGGCUUGGAUGGACAAAUUUCCUGAGGCUACUGCCAACUUUCUUCCGUCUGGCAUAUCUGACCAUUCCCCUGCUGUGGUCAAUAUCAGUGCUGCUAAGAGCUCCUUCAAGAAACCCUUCAAAUACUUUCAUUUCUGGUCUCAACACCCAGAUUUUCUGAGUACGGUUUCUAACACUUGGGGGCAGUAUAUCCGGGGCGUUCCUAUGUUUAGAGUCUGUCAAAAACUUAGGCAGCUUAAAAUUAGCCUUAAGCUUUUGAACAAAAAGGAUUUUAGUGAUAUAUCUACUCGUGUUCAGAAUGCUAAGGCUAAUUUGGAUCUGAUCCAGUAUAAGCUGGAUAAAGAUCCUGUGAACAAUGGGUUGCAAGUUCAGGAGAGAGAGGAGCUGAAAAAAUACAUUGAGCUUAGUAAGUUAGAAGAAAGUCUUGCCCUUCAAAAAUCCAGGGUGCAAUGGCUUGGGCUUGGGGACAGAAAUAGCAAAUUCUUUUUUAGGUCUGUGAAGAGCAAUAUCAACAGAGGGAAAAUUUGA